CUUUGGCAUUACUAUUGUUAUUAUAUCAUAUUAUGUAUUAUUAGAAUUAUAGGUAAUUCCUAUCCAAAUGCAAUGAUUCCAGAAGUUAAAGUAUGCGGUAGUAGUGUAGUGAUAGAGCGCUUGCUUCUUAAACAAGAAUUUCUGAGUUUGAAGAAUGAAUACUGUAUUCAACUUGUUUCUCCAUGCAUUCACUUGUUUUGUCAUAGUUCAUGUUUCGGAGUUAUAGAGUUGAGAGAGGGUUGUAACCACAAUUAAAAUAACCUCCUGGACUGUAGUGGCCUUCUUGGUCUUUGGGAGGUUAUGUUAUUCAAGGGAAUUGGUAUCUGCAGAAAAAAGCGAAAGAAAUUUGGUUUUAGUUGUAUAUUGUUGCUUAUUGCAUUUUUAAUUUUGCUAUCAUGCAUUUUACAUAUCCUCAUGACGUAUUUUAAUCAAUUGAAUGCUACUUUUAAUAGUAAUGAAAUAUUUUCAGAUAUUUUCUCAAACCAAUUCAAAAAAGAAAUUUUAGGUAUUAAUAAAGUGGAUGAUGUUGAAUUUAUGGAAAUUGUUGGUUCAUAUCCUUUUGCAGAACAGAUUGGCGUAUUCUUUGAAAAAGAUAAUAAAUUUAUAGAAAGUUCUAAAAACUCAAAUAGUAAUGAAGAUCCAACUAUCAUAUCUACUAACAGAUCAAGUACAACGAUGACCUCCCAAUAUUUGUUUCUGCUAGGUCAUUAUGAACAACUUGGGAAAACAACAAUAAAUUUUCUUCAGGCUGGUUUGCUUGCAACUCUUCUGAAUAGAAAUCUUGUGGAGCCAUUUGUUAGGCAUUCUCGUUUUUGUGGUCUAAGAAGUGGUUGGACAGGUGCAAUGCGCAAAAAGAGUAGGGAGUUUCUUCCGUUAGACAAUUAUUUUGAAAUGGAGUCUAUUUAUGAUAUAUUUUCAAGAUUAUCUUUUAAUGGCAUAGUUAAUUUAGAACAUUAUUUGUCGCAUUGUCCUUCUACAACAAUGAUUUAUUUUUUUUAUGCUGGAGGAAAAGAUGAAACGAAAAGGUAUUUAAAUUUUUCAGAGGAAGAAUAUAGUAUAAUAGAAACAAAGUUAAAAGAAAAUGGCGGCUUGACUAACUGCUCUUUUAUUGAAGAAAAAAUUUCAACUAGUUCAAGAAUCAAAGGGUUGUUUAUUAGUCAAGGUAUUUGUAUAGAUGUUGAACUCAUCAAAACUAUUGCACAGCUGAAACAAAUAGUACAAAUGAAAAAAUGUGUUUCUAUAUUUUUAUGGCGUGGAGUUGGUUAUCAAAGAGCUCAUUUUAAUAUUACACUUCCACAACCACAUGAAUUUUAUUUGUCUCAAAUUAAGUUUAGUAAACUUGUUUAUAAUGAAAUAAAUAACUUUAUUAGAGAGAAAUUCAAACAUAAUUCUUAUCUUGGAAUUCACAUUCGUUCUGAAAGACUGUUACUGUGGUAUAAUAUUGAUAGAUUUAAAGAAUGUUUAGACAAUCUUGAAAAAGUGGUUAGUAUACUUGUUGUGAAAAAAAAAAUUAAGCAUAUAUUUCUUUCAAGUGAUAUUGGUCCGCAUGGAUCUGAUCAAAUAAUAACAUUGAAUUCUAGUGUAGUUGAAAAAGCUCAUAACUAUUUUAACAAAAAGUUCGAGGCAAUUAAUGCAGUGUUAUUUACUUCCAAUCGUUCAAGGGGUUUAAUAUAUAAUGAUACUGGAUUUAUUGCAUUAACCGAACUUGGUAUUUUGUCUCAAUCACAUUAUUUGGUCACUUUAGGCACCGGUACCUUCCAAGGUUGGAUAGUAAUGGCAUAUAAAAAUCACAAAAAAAUUUCAACAAGGUCUUGGAGUUUGACACAAGUUUGCUCCACAGAAUUAAAAAAUGUUAGAGACAGAAAAAAAUCUUAGUGUUUGUCAAACUAAACACCAACUAGAAUAUUACCUAUAAGUUCCAUUUUGUCUUUAAAAUUUAGUUAUAGUUUUGUUCCAAAAAUGCUUAUAAA